AUGCAUCACCCUUCCCUUCAAACGCCCUAUUCAAUGAUGAUACGGCACUGGGCUCCGACAAUUCUUGACGGAUACGCCUUUUAUGGCAGGCCUCAGAAACCUCGCCGAACUGAUUGCUUCUCAAUGUCUUACAUGGCUGUACGAACAAAAUUGGGCAUUGGCUAA